GUUGGGUGUCCCGCGAAUGGUCCUGACUGUCAAGUGCACUCACCAAUCACAACCCAGAAUUCCCGUUAUAUGGCAUGCGGUUUCCAAUUGAUUUAAGGAGGGACGGUCCGUUGCUAGGGGCAAGGAGUUAGGUUGAACCGGCGACUGGCAUAGCUAAGGGAGCAGGUGAACAGGCGAGAAACAUUCGGCAACGAGACGGAGGGGGCAGUGCGCUGUUUGGUCCUCUUUAGGACUUCCUUGGAAUUUAAAUUAUUUGGCCACUUGAGUGACCAGACUAGUGAGUGAUUCGUGGUUCAUUCGGCAAGCAACGACCUCUUCCCCGUCCUGGAGCUGCUGUAAAGGAGGCUCAGCGAUGAACAAGCUACGGCAGAGCUUCCGGAGGAAGAAAGACAUCUACGUGCCCGAGUCCAGCCGGCCGCACCAGUGGCAGACCGACGAGGAGGCUGUGCGCAGCGGCAAGUGCAGCUUCGCAGUGAAGUAUCUGGGCCAUGUGGAGGUGGAGGAGUCUCGAGGGAUGCACAUCUGUGAGGACGCGGUUAAGAGGCUGAAGACGGACAGGAAAUCCUUCAAGGGCUUCUUUAAAAAAGCGGGGAAGAAGGCGGUGAAGGCUGUACUGUGGGUGUCUGCGGACGGCCUCAGAGUCGUAGACGACAAAACGAAGGAUCUGCUCCUGGACCAGACCAUAGAGAAGGUGUCGUUCUGCGCCCCUGACCGGAACUUUGAGAGGGCCUUCUCCUACAUCUGCCGAGAUGGGACCACCCGCCGCUGGAUCUGCCACUGCUUCAUGGCCAUCAAGGACUCCGGGGAGCGGCUGAGCCAUGCUGUGGGCUGCGCCUUCGCCGCCUGCCUGGAGAGGAAGCAGAAGCGGGAGAAGGAGUGCGGCGUCACCGCCACCUUCGACGCCAACCGCACCACCUUCACCCGCGAGGGCUCCUUCCGCGUCACCACGGCGACCGAGCAGGCCGAGCGCGAGGAGGUCAUGCGCCAGAUCCAGGAGGCCAAGAAAGCGGAGACGGAGGCCAAGGCCGCCGCGUCGGCCCCCGUGAACCUGGCGCCGGCCCCGGCCAAUCCCGCGUCCGCGCUCCCCCCGGGCCCCGCCUCCGCCUCCGCCUCCGCCUCCUCCUCCUCCCCCUCCGGCUCCCCGCCGCUGGGCCCGCCCUCGCAGGACUCCAACCCGCACGCCAUCCCGCGGCGCCACGCCACGGUGGAGGCCCUGGCGCGGCAGAGCUCCUUCCGGGGCUUUCCGGCGCUCAGCCAGAAGACCUCGCCCUUCAAGCGGCAGAUGUCGCUGCGCAUGAACGAGCUGCCGUCCACCAUGCAGCGCAAGACCGACUUCCCCAUCAGGAACGCAGUGGCGGAGGUGGAGAUGGAGGGAGAGGGGGACAGCAUCAGUGCUCUGUGUACUCAGAUCACCACAGCGUUCAGCGCUCCACCUGAGGACCCCUUCUCCUCCGCGCCCAUGCCCAGACCCGCCUCGUCCCCGCAGUCGCCCGCCGCGCCAGUGAACGGCUCGGCUCCUGCCUUCCCUCCUCCUGCUAACCUGCCAGCCGCUGCCCCCCCAGCGCUGCCCCCCCCACUGCCCGCCCGCGACACUAACCCCUGGGCCAAAACCCCCGCCCACGGCCACGCCCACGGCCACGCCCACUCAGGAGACUGGACCAUCCCCGCCCCUGCAGUUGUUGCCCCUCCCAUUCCCAUCACAACUGCCCCAGUUGCCCCUGCUGCCCCUGUGGCCCAGGUUGCCCCGCCCUCUCACAGACGCACCCCUUCAGAGGCGGACCGCUGGCUGGAGGAGGUGUCCAAAUCCGUACGGGCGCAGCAGCCGCCCCCCACCGUGGGGGCACCCCCCGCUGCUGCCCUGCCUUUCCCCGCCCCCGCCCCCGUCCCCGUCCCCGCCCCCGCCCCCAUCCCUGUGGCUCCUGUGGCCCCUGUGGCCCCUGUAGCCUUCCUGCCCCAGAUGCCCCCGGCCGUCCCUCUGCUGCCCCCUCGCCAGCCCCCGUACCAGGCCCCGGCCCCAGCGUCUUACCCCAUGUCCAACGGCCUGCCCUACGCCCCGCCCAGCGUGCCCGUGGUGGGCAUCACCCCCUCCCAGAUGGUGGCCAACGUCUUCGGCUCCGCCACGCAACCUCCGCCCCCUCCCCCGCCCCAAAUCUACCCCGCGCCGCAGGUGCCCUUCCCCCAGUACGACCCCCGCCCCGCCUGCGGCCCCUUCGGCAAGCCGCCCCAGCCCCCCGCCCCCUUCGCCCCCCAGCCCGCGCAGCCGGCCAACGGCAGCGCAGCCUUCAACGGGGCGGAGAGCUGGGCGCCGCCCGCCCCCCCCCCGUCCUCCCCCGCGCCCCCCCUGCCGCCCCCCCAGCCCCAGGUGGACGCCUUCGAGGCGCAGUGGGCCGCCCUGGAGGGCAGGUCUCGCCAGCACACCACCCCCUCCCCCACAAACCCCUUCUCCACCGAGCUGCACAAGACCUUCGAGAUCCAGCUCUGAACUCCCAACAGCAGGAAGUCACACGGGGAGGGGGUGUUGGGGGGGCGGGGGUGUUACAGAAGCAAGGACCGCCCCUCCCCAUCCUCUGUGGAUCCUAACCCCCCAUCCCACCCCACCCUCACACGCCCCAUCCACCCGACCCCUCACC